AUGCGUUGGCAGCACCAGGCAUCACCAAGCAGCACCAGGCAGCACCAGGCAGCACCAAGAAGCACCAAACAGCACCAAGCAGCACCAGGCAGCACCAAGCAGCACCAAGCAGCACCAGGCAGCACCAAACAGCACCAAGCAGCACCAGGCAGCCCCAAGAAGCACCAGGCAGCAGCAAGCAGCACCAAGCAGCACCAGGCGUCGCUCACAAGGAGACGCUAUGAAAGAAAAACCUGGGUCACUGACUGGCUGUCUGACAACACCACCCGGCCACCUGCCUGGUGCUACCCGUCACCAGGCAGCACCAGGCAUCACCAAGCAGCACCAGGCAGCACCAGGCAGCACCAAGAAGCACCAGACAGCACCAAGCAGCACCAGGCCGCACCAAGCAGCACCAAGCAGCACCAGGCAGCACCAAACAGCACCAAGCAGCACCAGGCAGCACCAAGAAGCACCAGGCAGCAGCAAGCAGCACCAGGCAGCACCAAGCAGCACCAGGCGUCGCUCACAAGGAGACGCUAUGAAAGAAAAACCUGGGUCACUGACUGGCUGUCUGACAACACCACCCGGCCACCUGCCUGGUGCUACACGUCACCAGGCAGCACCAGGCAUCACCAAGCAGCACCAGGCAGCACCAAGAAGCACCAGACAGCACCAAGCAGCACCAGGCAGCACCAAGCAGCACCAAGCAGCACCAGGCAGCACCAAACAGCACCAAGCAGCACCAGGCAGCACCAAGAAGCACCAGGCAGCAGCAAGCAGCACCAGGCAGCACCAAGCAGCACCAGGCAUUACCAAGCAUCACCAGGUAGCACCAAACAUUACCAAGCAUCACCAGGCAGCACCAGGCAGCAGCAAGUAGCACCAGGCAGCAUCAGAAAGCAUCAAGCAGCACCAGGAAGCAUCAAACAGCACCAAGCAGCACCAGGCAGCACCAAGCAGCACCAGGCAGCAACAAGUAGCACCAAGCAGCACCAGGUAGCAUCAGGCAGCACCAGGCGGUACCAGGCGGCACCAAGCGGCAUCAGGUGGCAUCAGGCGGCACCAGGCGGUACCAGGCAACACCAAGCGGCACCAGGUAGCAUCAGGCAGCACCAGGCAGUACCAGGCAGCACCAAGCAGCACCAGGUAGCAUCAGGUAGCAUCAGGCAGCACCAGGCAGUACCAGGCAGCACCAAGCAGCACCAGGUAGCACCAAGCAGCACCAGCACCAAGCAGCACCAGGCAGCACCAAGCAGCACCAGGCAGCAGCAAGUAGCACCAGGCAGCAUCAGGCAGCACCAAGCAGCACCAGGUAGCAUCAGGCAGCACCAGACAGCACCAAGAAGCACCAGUACCAGGCAGCACCAAGCAGCACCAGGUAGCACCAAGCAGCACCAGGUAGCAUCAGGUAGCAUCAGGCAGCACCAGGCAGUACCAGGCAGCACCAAGCAGCACCAGGUAGCAUCAGGCAGCACCAGGCAGUACCAGGCAGCACCAGGUAGCAUCAGGCAGCACCAAACAGCACCAGGUAGCAUCAGGCAGCACCAGGCAGUACCAGGCAGCACCAAGCAGCACCAGGUAGCACCAAGCAGCACCAGUACCAGGCAGCACCAAGCAGCACCAGGUAGCAUCAGGCAGCACCAAGCAGCACCAGGUAGCAUCAGGCGGCACCAGGCAGUACCAGGCAGCACCAAGCAGCACCAGGUAGCAUCAGGUAGCAUCAGGCAGCACCAGGCAGUACCAGGCAGCACCAAGCAGCACCAGGUAGCAUCAGGCAGCACCAGGCAGUACCAGGCAGCACCAGGUAGCAUCAGGCAGCACCAAACAGCACCAGGUGGCAUCAGGCGGCACCAGGCAGUACCAGGCAGGCCAAGCAGCACCAGUACCAGGCAGCACCAAGCAGCACCAGGUAGCAUCAGGCAGCACCAAGCAGCACCAGGUAGCAUCAGGCAGCACCAGGCAGUACCAGGCAGCACCAAGCAGCACCAGGUAGCAUCAGGCAGCACCAAGCAGCACCAGGUAGCAUCAGGCAGCACCAGGCAGUACCAGGCAGCACCAAGCAGCACCAGGAAGCAUCAAGCAGCACCAAGCAGCACCAGGUGGCACCAAGCAGCACCAGGUAGCAUCAAACAGCACCAAGCAGCACCAGGUAGUAUCAGGCAGCACCAGGCAGUACCAGGCAGCACCAAGUAG